AUGCGCCCCCUGCUCCGCCUGCUCCUGGUCUUCGCCGGCUGCACCUUCGCCUUGUACUUGCUGUCGACACAGCUGCCUCGCGCACCCACCCGGGGCUCCGCCGAGGACGCUGAAGGCAGGUCCCUGUGGUUCCCCUCGGACUUGGCUGAGCUGCGGGAGCUCUCCGAGAUCCUUCGAGACUACCGGAGGGAGCAUCAGGCCUACGUGUUCCUGCUCUUCUGCAGCGCCUACCUCUACAAACAGUGCUUUGCCAUCCCCGGCUCCAGCUUCCUGAACGUGUUAGCCGGUGCUCUGUUUGGGCCGUGGCUGGGGCUUCUGCUGUGCUGCGUGCUGACUUCGGUGGGCGCCACAUGCUGCUACCUGCUCUCCAGUAUGUUUGGCAAACAGCUGGUGGUCUCCUACUUUCCUGACAAAGUGGCCCUGCUGCAGAAGAAGGUGGAGGAGAACAGAAACAGCUUGUUUUUUUUCUUACUGUUUUUGAGACUUUUCCCCAUGACGCCAAACUGGUUCUUGAACCUCUCGGCCCCGAUUCUGAACAUCCCCAUCGGGCAGUUCUUCUUCUCCGUGCUGAUCGAAGCCCCCCUCCCCCCUUUUUCCUAA